AUGUUCGCUGCAAGCCAGGGCACCCAACUUGAACAGGUCGAUGGUAGUACUGAUGACAGGUCUAUUUGUGUGCCGUCGCAAGUAAGCGAAAGUGCAUUUGAAUUAUUUUUGUCUGUCUGUUACAACAAGCCUGAUGUCCUCAAAAUAUGUAACAAAGCUGUUAUUCAACUGCUCGAGCUGAGCGACAUGUAUCUUUGCAAAGAUGCACGAGUCUAUGCUGUUCACCAUCUCCAGCGGCAGCGUUACUCGCUUGAGCCAACACGACUUAUCUCACUCGCAUUAAAGUACAACGUCAAAGAGAUCCUGCCGCAUGCUUUCGAACGACUCGUUUCAGCUCGCAUCAAUGAUAUCUCCGACGAGGAAUCUCGCGCUGUUGGGUCCAUUGUAUGGAACACAAUGUUCAAAGUCAAGGAACGACUCGAUGUACAUCGUCGGAUCAUUGCAUGUGAAGCCCCACCUAUGGUGCACGCGGGAACUUGCACGAAGCAAAAACUAUGCGAGGAUGACUGGAAGCAGCUGUGGUGGAACGGAAUGGGCAGAUUUUUACUGGACGGACGAAAUCCCCAGCCUUACAAGGAUGCCGUCGAACGCUUCGAGAAACUCGACAUCGGACAAAUCAAUCUCGACUGCUGGAAGGCUGUGUUAUAUAUUGUGAAAGCUCACAGUGCUUUUGAUCAUGAGCGAAAACUUAUUACUCGUACAGCUGAUGAUCUUGUGAAGUCCUUAAUUGUCGAGCCUAACUUCGAAGAUUUCGGUCGUCUAGUUCACUAG